AUGCCACCAAAAUCCAAGCUCGACUCGAGCGCGGCGACCCUCUUCUUCAAGAAGCAUAAAACCACCGUCCUUCUUAUGCUUCAAACUCAUGAAUCGCUCGACACCGCAAAGGAAAAGCUGCUCGAAGCUUUGAACUCACGAGGAGUGACCGAUAUCAAUGGCGACCCCAUUCCCGACGAUUCCUUCGAUAUCGAAUUUGGUGUGCCCAUGGACCGCGCCGAUCUUGAGAAGGGCUGGCGACGGCUCGACGCAGAUGCACCAGAACUAGACGAGGAGGGGACUACAAAGAAAAAGAAGGGCAAAUCCAAGAAGGAGGCAGUCACUUUGAUGGCCGCUGGUCUUGGGAACGGACAUACCGUUGCCUUCCGCUUCCGCAAACCAAAUGAGGGCCAAGACGAAAUGGAUCUUGAUUAUGAAGACCCGGGCUGGGAUGUCCUUAUCCCGACCUUUGAUGAUGAGGAUGAAGAGUGA